UAAUUUUAGCAGCGGACGACGUCACGUGACUUGAUUUGACGUUUGCAUCAUGGCGGAAGCAGUUGUAGAAACAUCGUUCAUGGAUCCUUUCAAAGAUAUUCUGGUUAAUUAUUUAAUGCCAGAAAAAUGUUAUGACGAGUUCUUUUUACAGUUCAAUCUUCUGCACGUGGACUGUCUGAAGAUUGUAAUCAGCAAAGGCCUGGGCAUUGGGAUCAUUCUUGGUUCUGUAUUAGUGAAACUACCUCAGAUUCUAAAGCUGAUUGGGGCCAGAAGUGCUGAGGGACUGAGUUUUAACUCUGUGCUGCUGGAGCUGUUUGCUAUCACAGGCACCAUGGCCUACAGUAUUGCCAACAGCUUUCCUUUCAGUUCCUGGGGUGAGGCACUUUUCCUCAUGAUUCAAACUGUGACCAUUGGUUUCCUCAUACAGCACUAUGGAGGAAACACCAUCAAAGGUUUGGGGUUUCUGGCAGUCUACUUUGGUCUGUUGGGAGUCCUGUUAUCUCCUGUGACACCAGUGUCUGUCGUUACUACCAUGCAAGCCUCUAAUAUGCCUGCCAUUAUCAUUGGACGAUUAAUUCAGGCUGGUACCAACUAUAGAAAUGGCCACACUGGACAGCUGUCAGCUAUUUCAGUGUUUCUGCUGUUCGCAGGCUCCUUAGCACGCAUAUUCACUACAGUGCAGGAAACGGGAGAUUCGCUCAUGGCUGUCACAUACAUCAUCUCUUCUUUCUGUAAUGGUGUGAUCACAGCUCAAGUCCUCUACUACUGGAACAGCAGCCCUGCCCUCAGGAAGAAGACUGAGUAGAUCCAAACAACAACAGGCAAAUUCAGAGACCACUCAGGUUGACAAAGUGCACUGGACAGCCGAUUGGGGAAUCAGAUGUAUUCUAAUCAAAAUGAUGGUUCUUGUGAAAUUAAGCUCUGUUCCUUGGUCACUUGUUAAAAGCAUUUAUUGUUAACAUAUCACAUGUACAUAACAUAUACAGGCAGGUACAAAUACUUUACAAUGCACACAUUGACGUAUUCCAGGUGCCCUGAAGUGGACCAAAAAGUCAGUAUGGUGAGGGGUCCUUCUAUAAUAUAGAACUUUUUCCCCCUUUUUAUGGUAGUGGGCUUUUAUUUCAUUUAUUGGACCAUUUCUUAGCUCAGGGAAGGGAGUAGUGUCCAUAGUAUUCUGGAAUUAAACCAUAUGAAAACCUUGUGUAGUAUUACUGACAUACUGUGGUACUGCUCACUUUACCCUGGCUCACUAAAUAUUCACUGAAAUCCAUGUAGCCAUUUUGAAUUUUACGACAAAUCUGUGAAAAAAAAAGUCUGUCAAGAUUUUUGUAAAUAUUAAUUGCAGAAUUGUAAAAAUGACCGAAAUACUUUAAAAGUACACAUAUGCAUAUGUUAUCACAUGCUAAAGGCAGCCCUAUUAAAACAUGUUAUCCCCACAAGGGAUCAUUUGGUUUUUUGUUCUGCAUAGACAAAUCCAACCAUAUGGACAUUAUUUUACAAAGUCUUCCAGAAUCUAGAAAUGCCCAUGUUUUUAGAAAAGAAAUUCUGUUGUAUUUCUUAAAUUGCAAUGGUAAUCUUGCAAUGGUCAUGGAAUAGUACGUGAAGCAACGUUGUUGAGUGUCAUCACAACUAUUGGGAACUUGGCAAAAUGAGAAAAAAAAUACCUUUUUUUUCUUUUUUGUUGUAGAUGGUAGUAUAUUCACCCAUCAAAAGCAAGUGUAAAUUUGUCCGCUGGUAAAAGGAAAAUUUAAUUUGAAUGAUGGGAAUUGCAUAUUUGCACACAUUACAUUUUAAGAAUUUAUUUUCCUUUUUUGCUUGUGAACAUCUGUUGUUCGUUGGUAGUUUAUUUUAUGAAUGAAAUAUUACAAAUAGCUGUGAUUUACGUUUUUUUCCAUAUCUAAAGUUGCAGUGUACUUUUGACCAUUGAGUAAAACAUUACCAUCAGAUAAUUUGUAGUGUUCGUUGUGUGAAAGGCUUUAAAAAAAGACACAAACAGUUGUAGAAAAUAAAUGAGUAAAUAAACAGUUUUAUUCUUA